AUAAUGUAGUUGUUGUUGGUUUCCUCCAUGCAACACAUUUGCUUGGCUGAUUUCACUGGCUGUGCGUAGACUGAGGGCCCAAUGGAGCGGAUCGGGGAGGAUCUAAACCUCUCCUAUCUGCUGGAACAUGAGCGAGAUAUGAUCCUGAAGGUGCUGCAGAAAGACGAGAAGCUGAGGAAGCGAGAGGAGAAAAGGAUACGGAAGCUGAAGAAUGAGCUGCUGGACAUCAAACGAAAAGGUUCCCGUCGGCAGCAGGACUUGGGGGAGCGACAGUGCGCUCGCUGCCUCAAGGCUUUGGGGCUGAUCUUCGACCGCGGAGAUCUGUGCGAGGAUUGCCAGCUGCGAGUCUGCAACGACUGCCGCGUUACGCUUCCCAAAUCACGGCAGUGGAGGUGCAACGUUUGUGCCAAAAUCUCGGAGCUGAAGGUGGUGACUGGAGAGUGGUUCCUGGAAGAGAGGUCCAAGCGCUUUGAACAAGGAGUGCUGAGCAGCGACGUGAUCAAACAGACAAUCCUGAACAGCCCGACGACCACAGAAAAAAAGUCUACAGAGAACCUGUCGGCCCCCUCUGAGCCUGAAAAAUCCAGCUCGCCGAGAUCCAACAGAAGUGCAGCACUCAACGUGGUGGACGGUGCCAAGAGGAAAGGAAGGAUGAAGAUGGAUAAAAAAGGCAGCCGACCCACCCAGAAGCCAGAGAAUGGAGUCGACAGCGUCAGUGUCAAGUCUGGUUCGGAUGGAGACGCUCAAAGCAUCCGAAGCGCUCGCUCUGCUCCACAUUCAAACAGGAGCAGUGCGGUGGCGUUGGAGUCCUCAGGGAUGCCCACGGUACCCAACAAUCUGCGUUCCAAAACUCCGGACAAAUCAUCCACGCCCAGCGAAAACCGGAGGGUCAGGCCCGACGGAGCAGAGAGCGUUGCCAGUUUGCACUCCAGCGACGGUGCAUCUGAGAAGAAAUCCACCGGCCACCACAGGACGAACUCUGGCACUCCGACCAUUUCUGUGUCCAGGGCCUCGGUCUCGUCAGAUCACAGUCGCUCAGAAAUGGACCUGUCAGCUCCCGGUUCUGAUCCCAGCGAUGAUGCUCUCAGCCUCAGAAGCCGCUCAGUCCCUGGACUCAACGAAACAGAGUUUUCUGACGAGGACGCAGAGGAAGACAUUGACGCCCUGAUGUCGGCCCACAGCAAGACUGUCAGCCGGCGCCUCAGCAACGCAGUGUCAACGAGCAGCAUAAACAGCAUGAUGAGCAUGUACAGCGAGACCGGUGACUAUGGCAACGCCAGGGUGAGCGGUGAGAUCCUGCUGAACAUCAGCUACAGCUACAAAACGGGCGCGCUCAACGUCCUGGUGAAGGAGUGUCACAACCUGGCAACCGGAGACGAGAGGAGGCAACGCACGGACGCCUAUGUGAAGACCUACCUGCUGCCGGAUACGUCACGACAGAGCAAGAGAAAGACGAGCAUCAAGGCCAACACUAUUAACCCUGUUUUCAAUGAGAAUCUGAGGUAUGUGAUCAGCCACUCGCAGCUGGAGACACGGACCCUGCAGGUGUCCGUUUGGCAUCACGACCGCUUCGGACACAACAGCUUCCUGGGAGAGGUGGAGCUGACCUUUGACUCCUGGGAGUUCGAUUCCCAAAUAGAGGAGUGGUACGCUCUGCAGCCCAAGGUGGAGAACAGUAUAGACUGUACAAUGCAGUAUAAAGGAGAGCUGACCGUCGUGUUGAAGUACAUACCAGCAGAGAAGAAUCUCAUGCUGCCUCUGGACCAAGUACAAGUGAAGAAGAGUUUCCUGAAAGGCAAGAAGACGAGCAGCUUCACUCUGCCUAAAGGAGGCAUGGUUGAGCUGCUGGUCAAAGGAGCCAAAAAUCUCACCGCUGUCAAGUCUGGAGGCACUUCGGAUCCUUUUGUCAAAGGAUACCUCCUCCCUGACAGCAACAAGUCAACCAAGCACAAGACAGCGGUGGAGCGACGCACCGUGAACCCACAGUGGAACCACACCUUCACCUACUGCGGCCUGCAGCCCGGAGACCUCAACAACGUCUGUCUGGAGCUCACGGUGUGGGACAAGGAGGCUUUGGCCAGCAAUGUGUUCCUGGGAGGAGUCAGGCUGGGAGCUGGCACGGGCAAAAGCUAUGGGAACGAGGUAGACUGGAUGGACUCAUACGGGGAGGAGCAGCGGGUGUGGCAGCGCAUGAUCGAAAACCCAGAAGUCCCUCAGGAGUGCACUCUGAUGCUGCGGUCCAGCAUGCGCAGGGGCAGCACAUGAACCGGGCCGACGCACAGGCCGAGAGGAUAGAAGAGAAUUGCAGAGGGAGAGGAGAAAGAGAAAGAUGUGGCCUGGAGGUGUGAGGACAGAGCCGGAGAAGUGGAGCGGUCAAGAAAACAAAAAGAAAGAAAAGAGAAAACAGCUCAUAAAGGAGCAGAGACCGUCCUGCUUCUUCUCCUGUCCAGACCCUUUCUCCCGUCCACUACAGCCAGUCAUGCCUUACUCACUCAUCCACGUGUGCCCCCUCCGCCCCUCCGAAGCAUCUCGUCCCGACCAAGCACUGCUGUUUACUGCUGUUUAUGUUGUAUGUAACUUACUGUACCUUCUGAAUAAGCACACGGUGACUCCUGAAGCGUCCGUCCUCGUCAGCGUGAGUCACUUCUGCAUGUAGUUAGGGCCGACGGAGACCAUUCGUGAGGCGUUUAGACGAGGCGCCGGUCAACAACAUAUAAACAUUCCCUUUACAAGCAACCGAGCUGCAUCCCGGUCUGAAGCACACGGUGACGCUGAGGUUCAUCCCUGCAUAAACUGUCAAGUACAGAGGUGGAAAGUGACUUGUUUUUGUACUGCUGUGCUACUCAAGAAGUACUUUUACUCGAGUUUAUUAGUAAAAGUACAAGUUAGGAGUAGUAAAACGCUGUAAGGAAACUGAAAGAACGGACGCUGUUUUGAAUUCAGUUCUGUCUUUGAUGGUCUGCAAAGUGCUGACCAUCUUUUCUUGAUAAGCUUUUUUAAUCACUUUAUAAGGAAAUUAUUAUUAAAAUUAAGAUCAUUGGAGCACUGCAGAGUAUCGUAAAGGCUGCUUUAGAAUUCUUGUCUUUAUGGUUAAAACAACACAAAAUUAGGCAAAAGUAGAAAUACUGAUUUUUAGAGUAUACUCAAAAACCAGGACAUCAACUAACUUCAGAAAGCUUUUUUUGGUCGUUUGUUACUUUAUCAAUGAGAUAAACAGCUUUCAAGUCAGAUGUGGUGGAUAAAUUGUUAGAAAAUGCAGUGAAAUAGGAGGAUGUCAUCAGCAAAGAGUUUGUGGAGAACGAAAGCUUCCCUCAUGAGACACUUGUGGUCCAAAUCUGCUAGAAGGUCAGCCUCAGACUGCUCUCACGUAGCCGUAAAGUGGCUUAUCAUAUGCAGUUGCGGUACCGUAGCAUGUUUGUAAAGCAAGCUGUCUCCACCUCUUGUUGUAGCGUCUGACACAAUUACAGAUAUGUGCAGCAUCAUUUCAUCUGGUCAGAACUCUAAUUCUGGAUAUCUGUAGUUACGUUUUGACUAGUCAUUAUUCCAGUUUGAGACAUCAACAAUGUCACUGGGCUAGGCUGCAACUCCAACUUAAUUUAGGAUAUGUACAAAGUACAAUGCAGAUAUAUUGAAUUAUGGGGAGUUAUAGAUUUGUUAAACUAGAAUUGUGAUUAGUCAGAAAUAAACUGUAGAUAUCUGGAGCUGGAAUUACAAAUACUCCUAAUUCAGAUAUCUGAACUGUAGAAUCUCUCAUACACAUGAAUGGUAAAAGCAACAUCAUUUGUCCUAGUAAAAAUGGUAUUAUGGCUAUCUGAAAUGACAUUUGUGAACAUGAAGAAUGACAUUAUGGAUAUCCACAGUGAAUUAAAGGAAUGAAAUUGCAAAUAUCUGCCAUACAUAUCCAACCUAACUAUUAAAUGUUAUACUGGAGCUCAUUUUCAGUCCCAACAGUCUAUUACAUAUUGUGCAGCCUAAAUCCAACACUAGUUCUAUAAUAAUCUAGUUAAUAAUUUAUACCAAUUGUGUCGCUGGUUUAUUUCUUGUUGAUUGAUGAUCUAAAAAGCACAAAUUCUUGAGAAAGUGAAGGCAGUACUUGUAGUCAGUUACUUUCCUCCUCUGUUCAUCAAAAUAUAAACUUAAAAAAUGGAUUUGUGGCACAAAGUCGAGACAGAUCACACAACUUAGACUAGCUUCGAUGUAAAUUUGCAUAACACUGUAUCAGUGUGAUAAUAGAAACUGCAUGGUAGUAGAGAAAUCAGAGGUAGAAGAACAAAAGGUUCCAUAAAGCACUGAUACUGACAUCACUUUACACAGAGAGGAAGGAGAAAGUGUGAUUUGAAGUGAGUUCCCAGGAAGCCUGAGAUGUGUCAGAGAGUGAGUCAGCUCUGAGGUGAGCUGCCUUCAUCUCUGGUGGAGGCUAAUAACAAGCCAGUGACAGUCGGGCGGUGACCUUGUCCCUGUCGCCGGGGGCUCUGUGGUCCACCGUCCUGUGAUGAAUCACGCGGUUCACAAAAAAGCGAUUCUCAAGUUAAACCCCAUGGAACCAUUUCUCAUGUUGAAUGCCAAUUUCGUUCGCUUGUCCUUGGCUAAAAUCUGCUCUGAGCUCCCAGAGCCGAUGGUUUCACAGGCACAGCUGAAGUAAUAAUACACGUGUUCAUUGUCCAACAUACUUGAGAAGCUCGUGCAAUACCUGGUUACUGAAGAAGCUCUUGAUGUACAGCAUGAACUAUCUCCGUUGUGUCUGGUUUCCGAGCCUAUUUUGUCCCAAAUGUGUUACAAGAAUAUUUUGAAAUAAACGCAUCUUUCCAUAGACUGUA